AUGGGAAAACUCGAACGCAAGGCGCGCAGACAGAUUGCGCUGGCGGAGAAAGCCGCCACAACGACGCUCUCCUCGAGUGGCCCCUUCCCGAUCAAUCACCUCGCCACCGAAGUGUUUGAGACCAUUUUGCUUCUUACCUUGCCCGACGCACUCGCGAAUCCCACUUCUGGCUCCCACAUUGCGUACAAAGCGUACCUGAAUCGCUGCGACAGCAUCGACUAUCCCCGUCUCCUCAGCCGCGUCUGCAGGAAGUGGCGCGACGUUGUCGAUGGGUGCCCUGCCCUCUGGUCAUACAUCUGCAUUGACGUCGAUGCCUUCGAUGCCGGCUUUGACUACUACAACACCGUACUCGCGAGGUCUGGCGACCACCCUUUGUCCCUUUCAUUUAUCGUUAGCACUGGCAAGACGAACGAAGUCAGGCGUGCACUUAAUGGUCCCGUAUUUGCAGCGCACCUGCAGCGCUUGCGCAGGUUGAGUGUUCAGACUUUCUUCGUGCGCGACCACUCGGAAAGACCUCUAGAAGGGCCGGAGCUGCUGCCACUUGUCCCCGCUAUCGAUACGCCUCUGCUGGAAAGGCUUCGGAUCGACUGUAACAAGGCUGCCAAGAGCAUGGUUCGCUACCUUCGCAAGCUUAGCCUCGCCGAUAACGACAACGUACCUGCGAACUUGCGCAUCGUUUGCCAUGCACCGCGACUAAGGGAGUUUGUGCUGGAGGGCUUGGACAUGGACACGAUCCUCCCCCACGUUGCUUCGUCGGCGUCCUCUUACUUUUCUCUCCACAAGCUGGAACUCGCCGGGCUAAAGUGGUCGAUCAUGACGCGCCUGCGCCUGCCGGAUAUCGGACGGCGGGUGACCGACCUACUCAGGGUGCUCAAGCAGGCGACGCGCCUCGUGGAACUUCGGUGCGCGGUGUUCGAAGAUCGAGAGGAUCAACGCGCGCAGGAGGGCGGGAAUGAACACGCUAAGCUGGACCUGCCACUCGUCUUUCCUGAGCUCGUCACCCUACACCUCGUCCUCAUUCCCCUCAAAGCCGCCGAUGGCGGUGUCUACGACGACGACGAGAACCCCGAGAAACGCACCGGCCUCGAUCGAUUCCUGGGUGCGCUCGUCACGCCUGCCCUGACCUCCUUGUCCAUCACUCGUAGAGGAGAGCCGCCGAACGAGCGCGACGACCAGGACUGGAAUGGGGUCUACGGGCGUGUCAUCGGCACCAACGGUAAGCCCAAGGACAAGUUACACCCGCACCUCCAAGCCUUCCUGAACCGCUCCACCUGCACCCUCACCUCCCUCGCGCUCGCCAACCUCGUCCUCUACCCGCCCGAGCUAUUCAGAGUGCUGCUGCUCGUCCCCGCCGUGCACACCUUGCAUCUCAAGGACGCCAUCAGGCAGAUGGGGGCGGAGUUCUGGGCCGUCCUCGGACAGCGCGGGCCCCGCGGGCGGCCGGUCUUCGUGCCCUGCCUGCGCCGCCUCGUCGUGCGGCACGACCUCGGGGACGCCGCGGGCAGCACGUUCACCAGCGAGGACGUCGCGGAGAUGGUCAAUGCGCGGUGGAAAGCCGGGCGGGGCGGCGGGGCGCGUAUUGAGGUCGUGCAUCGGCGCCAGGUCCAUCAGCCGUCGAGGCUGCUAGUCCGGCAACGGAAAGGAUUGCGGCAUGCGGGGCAGGGAGGGCAGGAAGGGCCCAACAUGCGGUUCAGGCAUUUCAGGCCGGGUGGUACAGAGCUGCCGGCGCCACGGGAGGUUGCGAGUAAUGUGGAGCUGGAGCGAACGCAGGCGCGGGACGACUUGGAGUUGGUGUAUGUGGAGAUACCGGAGGGGACGCGGACUGAGCGCGAGGAAUGUCUUGCCGUGCUCAGAAAGGAGGAGUCCAUGAGCGGGCGAACGGAAAUCCUGUGAACGAUGAUGUGCUGACGUUCACAAACGAAGUCGGGCACAUGGUUUACAAGCAGUAAACAGAGCGUGAUUCCAGUUAGAGGUACAACGAUAGCAAUACGUACUGAGAUGAGAGGCACUAAAUUCAUCACACAACAUAAAAGACCUUCCACGGCAGUCCAUCUUACAGGGACGGAACGGAGAUGGGCAGCGACUGCUUCCAAGGGUA